AUGGCCCAGUCGGAUGGCCAUCUUGUCGACCAGAUUGCCCAGCUCAAUGCUGCCCGCAAUCUGGUCCUGGGAGAUGCGGCCUUCUAUAAUCAGAUCGUGAAUGGUGUUCUUCCGAUUAUUGGCGCGCGCGCGCGAUUGGAGUUGCGACGAUGGGGGUCAGAGUUCUUAGCAGAGACGUUCGCCAGUCCGGCGCUGCCGGCAGCCCAGAAGGAACAGUUGGGCACGGAUGUGUUGCAAACAAUACGGGAUAUAUUGCUGCUACCGGAGGGGGACAAAUUGGUUUUGACGAAUAUAGUGCAGACGGCUGCCAGCCUGUAUCCGCUGGUUUUUAGACAUGUCAUUAACCAUCCAGAAGAUCGAGAGGCUUGGGAGAACGUGACCGCAAUUAAGCACGACAUUCUUCGACGAUGGGACUCAUUUCCGUACCCGGUCAAGGUCUGCUGUAUCAAGUUCGUGCAGCGUGUCGUCCAAAUGCAGACACAUGGUCUCAUAUCCGACCCGAGACGGCCGGAGCAAAACGAAACUUCGCUGGCUAUCGUUCCUAGAAAUCAUGCCUUCCUAUCUCUCCCGAAUCUCGAAGCAGAGGCCUCAGGUCUGCUGGACAGACUUUUAUACGUCUUUCAGGAGGAAUCGAGUGACCCCCUCCUGGUAAAUGCGACCUUGAACUGUCUGUCGGUCCUCGUUCGGUCGCGCCAGUCUGUUGGCAAUAAGAUUAUCAACGCAAUUCUAAACUUCUUUCCUGCGAAGCAUGUGCGCUCUCCAGUGACCCCGACGAUCCGGGUCGGGAUCAAAUCGAUGGAACGGACGGCGAAAGCGUUGAUGAUCAAUAUCUUAAAGAGGAGCCCCAAUCAUCCACUUGCAGGGAAAAUGCAACAUUAUGUGGAACGAUUGAUACAGUCACGCCUGGAAACCGCGGAUGAUACUUCCCGAAAGCGCGCCUCGCCAUCUGAACCCACAGAUGGCCUCGACAGCGCCAAACGGGCGCGACUCGAUGCCGAAACACCUCCCUUGCUAAAGAUUCCCCCGAUGCCUCCUGGCCCGAAUAGCUAUGCGCAGCUCUAUACCCUCACAAAUGAUGCCGGUCUUUCGUCCUUCGACGUGAAGCAGUUGCCUGCCGAUAUGCUUGUCAAGAUUGUGAUUCCUCUCCUCGCUCGGGUUGACCAGUCUCUGUUGAAUCAAGCGGUCGAUGCCAUAAGGAUGCGAUAUCAAACGCUGCAGAAACAACAGUCCUCGCAGCCUCCUCCAGAAGAAGAUGAUGACUACGAGCCCGAAUAUCAGCCUAUGGAUGUCCCAGAGCCAAUGGCUGAGCAGACAGGUGCUAUGUCCAUGGACACGGCAGAUCUUGAGCCCGAUCUAGUGUCCCUUGGCCCAUUUGUCUUGCCUCAGCCUCCCCCGCUGAGUGAAGAGGAGGCGGCCGAGGUCGGUCGGAGCGCCGUCGGCCGGGUGUUUGGUAUGCUGGCCUCGAGUGAUGUGGCAGCGACUGCCGCAAAGGGGAAAAGUCAGCAACAGCUAGGAUUUGCAAGACUCGCUGGCAGUACAUUCGACCGAGAUGCCUGGGUCACUAUGCUCACGAGACUUGCGACCAGAUCACCGGCGGGCCUGGAAAUGCAGGGCAAAAAGUCAGAGGAUGCGGCGUCGAGGCGGAAACCAACGAUAUCGAACUCUAUCCGGGAGACGUUAUAUCGUUACAUUCUCGAGGACUUUCGAGGACGCGUGAACGUCGGUAUAAUGUGGCUGAACGAGGAAUGGUACAAUGACCGGGUUCAGAUGAAGUUCGCCGCCUCCCAGCGAGUCGAGGAAGACGAAGAGGCAUCCGUGCCGUUGCACUACGACCACUGGGUUUUGCGCCUCCUAGAUGGGUUCUUGCCAUAUCUAGAUUCACGCGAUACCAAGAUCUUCAUUCGAUUCCUGAGUGAGAUCCCGGAAGUGACCAUCGCUAUCACACAGCGUGUGGCCAGCCUGGCCAAGGAUCCCGAGAGAGUCAAUCUCUGCGUCCACUCUUUACAAUAUCUCAUCCUGUUUCGGCCUCCAGCAAGAGAGAUAUGUCUCAAUGCUCUGGAGGACGUGUACCAAAGCUACGAGGAAUCACGACCAGCCGCCGGGAAAGUCCUGGCCAAAUGGCGCCCACAGAAAUCCGACCAACAUCAACCACCACCACCAUCUGAUCAACAGCAAUCCACCCUUACAACCCGCCCCGCCACACAGAGCACGGACUCAGCCAGCGAACUCAGAUCUACAGAUCCCAAUCCGGCAACGCCUCCCGCGUCGCAGAACCUCGAGCAACAGCCAUCAGACCCUGUCCCUUCCUGA